UUACAAAAGGCUUCUGAGAAUUGCAGACUGAAGCUCCACACAUUUAUGAAAGGAAAUUUGGAAGUGCAGUUGAUUGAGAACGUUGAACAGCUAGAAAAAAAGUGGAAGAAUUCCAAAUUUAUCGACUGCUUAGGACUUAAUGUUUCUACUGCUAAACGUGUUAUUCCUGAAAAAUAUGUACAUAAACUUGUUAUUUUUCGAGAUUUUGUCGAAAAAUAUCAUUCUUCACUCGUCAUUUUUGGAGGAACUCUUCUAGGAUGGUAUAGAGAAUGUAGCUUUAUACGAGACACAUCUGAUGUCGAUUUCGCAAUGAGGAUAGAAGAAUUGGAUGAGGAAAUGCUUUACGACAUGCAGAAUACCAAACUUUUUAGUUUGUAUUGGAUACUUGGAAAGAUAACUGAUUCAUUGGAGUUAAGUGUCUACUCAAUGGGGAUAAAAAUCGACCUUUUCUUUAUCUACCGUGGUAACAACACCGAUUGGACUGGUGGCAUGAUAGUUGGGAAGAAAAUGAAGCUUCGAUGGAGUUAUCCCCAAAUUAAUGAGUUUUGUACGGGCGAUUUGUUAGGAAUGCUUUUUAACGUGCCUUGCCAAGUAGAACCUGUUCUCGCUGAUUACGGUCCUAAUUGGAAAAUUCCGCACCCUACUGCCAAGUUUGUAUGGUAUAAAUCGCAUAGUAACAUUCAGCAAGUUGGACGCUGGAGUGCAGCGGAAUGGCCGUUUGUUUACCAUCUCUUUCCCAAAGGGAAAAAGCCGGCUCGUGUACAAUUCUCGUAG